AAUGUGUUUGCUGCGCCCGCUCUUGGCACUAGUUUUCCUCUUGGCGCUGGGCAUUGGCUCGCUCCAGGCUGGACGCCCCCUGAAGGUGUUGGGCCUAUUUCCACAUCCGGGCGUCAGUCAUUUUCACUUCUUUCGCCCGAUUAUGCGUGGCCUGGCCGAGGCCGGACACGAUGUGAGCGUUGUCAGUCACUUUCCGGAAAAAAACCCACCCAUACGCUACAAGGAUUUUCCCCUAACUGGGAUUGAUACGCUUACCAACAGUGUAGAUCUACAGAUGUUCGACAAACGCACAUUCUACAGCCAUUUCCAGGAAUUCUUUCUGCUGCUGGACUGGGGUAAAGCGGCCUGCAAUUAUACGCUUCGCUCCGUGGCUUUGCAUCAAAUUAUGAAAAGGAAGGCAGGCUACUAUGACGUCAUCAUUAUGGAGCAGUUCAAUACGGACUGCAUGAUGGGCGUGGCACAUCAGCUUCAAGCUCCAGUGAUUGCUCUGAGCAGCUGUGCCAUGAUGCCUUGGCACUACGAGCGAAUGGGCGCACCGAUUAUUCCCUCCCAUAUACCGGCGCUAUUUAUGGGGCAAUCACAGGACAUGGACUUUGGUGGUCGUUUGGCGAACUGGUUCAGUUUUCAUGCACUGAACUUAAUGUACAAAUUUUUCGCCAUACCCGCCGCCGAUGCAUUGGUGCAAUAUAAAUUCGGGCAUGAUCUGCCCUCGGUGGGGGAAAUGGUGAAGAACACAUCGCUCUUCUUCGUCAAUCAGCACUUCUCGCUGAGCGGCUCGAAACCUAUGCCACCUAGCGUCAUCGAGCUGGGGGGCAUUCAUAUACAAAAGACCGAACCACUGCCACCUGAGAUACAACGCGUGCUGGAUAAUGCCGAGCACGGUGUGGUGCUCAUUAGCUGGGGCUCGAUGAUACGCGCCAACUCCCUGUCGGCUGCAAAGCGCGAUGGCAUCAUACGAGCAGUCGCUCGACUGCCCCAGCAGGUGAUCUGGAAGUGGGAGAACGACACUAUUCCGAAUCGGCCGCGAAACAUGCACAUCUAUAAGUGGUUGCCCCAACGCGAUAUACUCUGCCAUCCCAAUGUGAAGGUCUUCAUGUCGCACGGCGGCCUCAUGGGCACCUCGGAGGCGGCCUACUGCGGUGUUCCCGUGGUCGCCACUCCCAUGUAUGGCGACCAGUUUCUGAAUGUUGCUGCCCUCAUACAGCGGGGCAUGGGCGUAUUGCUCAACUAUGAGGAUAUUGGCGAAAAUACCGUUAUACGCACCAUCAAGAAGGCCAUGGACAAGAAAUAUGCCGAUGCAGCCAAAGCCGUUUCCCACUCCUUCAACCACCGCCCCCAAACGGCACUACAAACGGCUCUCUGGUGGAUCGAGCAUGUGGGCCACACCGGUGGUGCUCCGCUUCUCAAGCCCAGCGCUGUGGAAAUGUCAAGAUUUGUUUACUAUUCGCUAGAUUGUUAUUUGGUCUUUGGCAGCAUCCUCCUCCUCGUAAUUGGCAGCUGGGGUUAUGUCAUACGCCAUUGCUACCUGAAGCGUGCCACAAAGAAGAAGCAGGAAUAGAUCCACAACAGACGUGCCCCACAUUUUAUGUCUAAGUACUAUUUAUGUGAUAUUUUGUACAACUAUGUAUGAGUGUUGUAAUUAGUUUUGUAAUGCUAAAGACCUAUUCAGUAGACAAAUAACCUCCGAAAGAACCGACUUGUUUGUUUAAAAAGAAGAACAAACUAAAAUAAAUUUGUAAAACAUCGAU